AUGACAGGGAGUAAACGUCGCGAUCCCAACGGCGGUAAACUCUACAGCGGUCCUCUGAUGAGAAGCGUUCCGUUCCCUGUGUACGUCGACGGCGUCUACUGUCCAGGCGACACAACCUGGCGCAUCGUCUACAGUCUGUAUUAUCCCAACAACUACAACCACCGACACGACUGGAAGCGUGCCAUAGUCGUCUUUGGCAAAACCCAAGGCGAUUGGUGGGAGUGCAAGGCACUUCUCAUUGCUCAGCACAGCGGGUACAAUAAGCUGCGCUGA